AUGGCCACAAUCAUCACCACCCUGCUUUGUGAUGCCCAUAUCGCCACUGACCACCGCAGCGCAGACUCGUCCUUUCGGCGGGGCCUCUCGCCCAUCGCGAGGGAGGCAUGUGAGAUAGUGUCCCGGAUCCGACGCCAAGGCACGAGGUCGCCGGCUGCCGCGGCGCCCGCCGAUUCGAGCAGGUUACGGCAGAUCCUGAAGCGCAUGCCCAAGGGCGCCCUCCUCCGUGCCCAUUGCCAUGCUCUCGUCGACGUCGACUACCUCGUGACAGCCGCCUUGGACAGGCCUGGUAUGUGCAUUUCGUGCCCCGUCGGGAGCCUCGCCGGUCAGCAUGCCAGGAGGGAGGCGGACUUCGGUAUCCAUUUUAGGGACAAGGCAGAUCCCGAUCGCUCUUCCAUAUGGGCCGCCGACUACAAGGCGGGCACUUUUGUCACCCUUUCCAAGGCAGCGAACGAGUAUCCCGAAGGCGGCAGGCCCGGAUUCCUGGAGUGGUUGAAGGGAAGAUGCAGGACUUCUAUGCAGGACUGUCAUCUCGGAAGGGGUGGGAUGGGUUCGACUGUUGGCCGGGGGAUCAUCGGCGGCAUGAUUUACUAUGAACCUAUGUGGCGAACGUUCCUCCAACGGGUCAUGACCAACAUGGUGGAGGACGAUGUCUACUGGCUUGAAAUGGGCCUUACAUUUCCGUUGGCUUUUUACAGCGAAGGGUCGGAGGCACCGGACCGAAACUAUGACCGAAUGUUCCAAGCGAUCGAUGAAGAGGUGGCCAAGUUUCAAUCUACCAGCCUGGGGAGGCAAUUCUGGGGCCUCCGCGUCGUGUGGUCGACGCUGCGCAGCCAAGAGUCCCGGGCGAUCGUCAACGACGCCGACAACUGCAUUUCAACCAAACUUCUGUGGCCGCAGUUGGUGGCCGGCUAUGACCUCGCGGGCCUGGAGAACCUGGGCAGGCCGCUCGCCGAUUCGCUACCCGAACUGUUCUGGUUCCGAAAACGGUGCGCCCAAGAAGACGUGCAGAUCCCCUUCUGCCUGACCGCUGGUGCAUCUCCCGGUGACGACGGCGACGUGGCCACGGAGCGCAACCUCUUCGACGCCCUCCUCCUCGGGACGCGGCGAAUCGGGAACGCCCUCGCUCUGCCUCAACACCCGCGUCUCAUCGAGGCCGUCAGAGACAGGCGAGUACUGGUAGAGAUCUGCCCCUCCCUGCCUGCCGGCGCGUCCAGGCAUUACCCUCUCUGGGUGCUGUUGGCGCAUGGUGUGCCUUGCGCCCUCUGCGACGACGAUUCCGGCAUCCUCUUCGGACAAGGACGUGAUGGAGCAUCGCGGAUGACCAACAUUUUUUGGCGUGCAUUGCUAGCCGGGGACAUGGCCGACCUCGCCACGUUAGGAUCAUUAGCUGAGAAUAGCGUCCGCUGGGCCGCCUUUGAGGAUCAGGACGCGGAGACGUGGUACGUGCGACCAAAACCUCCCCCCCCUUCCCCCCCCCUUCCUUCCUCUGCUGUCUCUCCGCUGUGUUCAGCAGUCGCUUGCUCGGCAAGCAGGCAGGCAAAGAAUCCGGUUGCCUAA